UCAAGCAAAAAUAUCAAAAGAAAACCAACAUUUCAGCCUCAUCCCUUCCACUCUCUCCACCCCUAAGAACGCUUCCAUGGAGGGCAAGAAGCAAACAAAGGGCCGACAAAAGAUCGAAAUGAAGAAGAUAGAAAACGAGGACGAUCGACUGAUAACGUUCUCGAAGCGCAGGUCAGGCAUCUACAAGAAGGCGAGCGAACUAGCAACACUAUGCGGGGCUGAAGUCGGUGUCGUCGUAUUCUCACCCGCGGGUAAGCCCUUCUCGUUUGCUCAUCCCUCGAUCGAAUCCGUGGCCAACAAGUUCAUCAACGAAACGCCGCAGCCCAACGACAACACUCACCCUCUCGUGGAAGCUCACAGGCGGGUGAGGAUAAACGAGUUGAACCAACAACACAAUCAACUUUUGAGCCAACUCGAGGCAGAGAAGGAAAAAGGGAAGGCACUAGAGAAAAUGAAGAAGGUGAGAGGAAAUAGUAAUGGGCGUGGUUGGUGGGAGACUCCCACAGAGGAAAUGGGGAUGGAAGAGCUUCAACAAGUGGAUGCUUCAUUAGGAGAUUUGUACACAAAUGUAUGCCAUCAAUUGAGAGAGAGAGGAGUCAUUGGAUCUUCUUCUUCUUCUUAUUCUUCCAUGCCCUUUAAUGGAGCUGGUGAAGAAACUAUUCCCUUUAACAUUUUGGCAAAUGGGCCUCCACCUCCUACUAAUGCUUAUCUCCCCCAUGCCUUUGAUUAUGGACAAGAUCAACUUCCAUGAACAAACAUGUUCUCGAGGCAUCGGGAAUGGGAGUGAUUUCACUUUCGUCGUUUUCUAAAAGUCAYUGCUAUUAUUUCAUCGUCAAAURGGUGUAUGUUCGGGAGUGAUUUUAGUAGRAUCAAAAUCACUUUCAUUUGAAACAAUAUUGGAGGAUGACAAAAGCACUCCCAAACAUGCUCUUUAUCUGGUUUUUGUAAUGUUUCUUCAUUUCGUAUUUUCUUUUGUCGAGGUUGUUCUUAUCAGUCAAACGGGGUCUUUUGUUUCGUGUUUCCUUAAAAAGUCAAAUGAGGGGAUCAAACUUAGUCUCUAGUUCUUUUGAUGUUUGUGUUUUUCCUUUAAUUUGGUGGGGAUGUGACUGCGAGGUUAUGUCUAGGGUUUUUUUUAUGGUUAAGGAAUGUAUGUGUAUGCACCUACCAACAUAA